AUGCAAGAAGUCAAAGAGAAAUAUGAGACAGAUGCGUCCGUCUCCGACACGCCAGUUUCUGCUGGCGAUGGUGAGAGGGCGGGAACAGCCGAGCUACAUCGAACUCUCAAAGGACGGCAUAUGCAAAUUAUUGCAAUUGGUGGCUCUAUCGGAUCUGGCAAUGCGCUUAGCUCGGGAGGACUCGGUGCCCUGAUUAUAGACUUCAUGAUCAUCGGUGUCAUGCUUCUACUAACCAUAAAAUGCUAUGGGAGAGUUUGCUGGCAAGCCAUACCCUCAGGCAAUAUACUAAUGCAAAGCUAA